CAAUACGCAACACAACGUCUCGUCUGCCGGAAACUCAUAAGAAGAAAGAAGUCAUGUAAACGUUAUCUAUGCUUGAAGUACAAUUCCUACCGUGCAAUGAACACCAAAAUCGGGGAGAAAAAUGGACUAAAACAUACUUUAUUUGCUUGAUAUUGAGGAUAUUACGUUGAUAGCUCUACCCCAAAAUGGACCUGCUGCUGCAAAUUGACAAUUUCGAUAGCACCAUGGAGGAUUGGGCUACAUACAUCGAGAGACUUGAGCAGUAUUGCCUUGCUAACGAUGUAGAAGGUGAAAGGAAAGUAGGGGUACUUCUGGGUAUAAUGGGAGCUAAGACAUAUAACUUGCUAUGUACCCUUACAGCACCGACAAAGCCAGAAGAGAAGACCUUCAAAGAGAUUGUAAAUGCGUUACAGACUCAUCUAAAUCCAAAGCCGCUGGUCAUAGCCGAACGUUUCCGAUUUCACAAACGGAAUCAGCAAAAGACAGAGUCAAUACCGGAGUACAUUGCGGAGCUCCGCCAGCUCUCGCAGUAUUGUCAGUUCGGACAGGGAUUGUCGGAUGCGCUCAGAGACAGGCUUGUAUUCGGGUUACACAACGAGAGCACACAGAAACGGCUCUUAUCAGAAAUAGAUCUGACAUUGGCGCGCGCAUUGGACAUAGCCAUAUCAAUGGAAACUGCCGCAAAAGAUGCAGGAGAGUUACAGAGGAAAAAUACAGUGGAAUGCACAGUGAACAAGUUUAACACCCGACGUCAAGCGAAAUCACAGGCAUGCUUUCGGUGUGGUAAAAAGGCACAUGACCCUGUCGAUUGCUGGUUUAAAGACAAAGACUGUAGACAAUGUAACAAAAGAGGACACAUACAGAAAAUGUGCAAAUCGAAGCAGAGUGAAAAAAAGUCACCCAAAACAGGAAAGAGAGAUGGAAAAGUGCAUCAGGUUACUGAAACUGAUUCAAAUGACUCUGAUGAAGAAGACAUGUCAUGUCUUGACCUUUUCUCUCUUAAAGAGACAGAUCGCAAAAUAAUCUGUGUGACACCUGAGGUAGAGGGGGUGGCACUAAAUUGCACAAUGUUUGACAGCAAGGACAGCAGUUUACAUACAGAUAGACAAUUGCGUCAGAAAACGUUGGAGAAAGGGAAGGAAAUGGCCACAAUCUCUGAUGAUGAUGGUGGUGUUGAUGAUGAUGACGAUUAUGAUUAUGAUUAUAACGGUGAUGAUGGUGAUGACGAUUAUGAUUAUGAUUAUAACGGUGAUGAUGGUGAUGACGAUUAUGAUGAUGAUGAUAAUAAUGGUAAUGAUCAUUAUGUUGCUAGUGACAGUAGUGAUAAAGAUGGUGAUGAUGAUGUCUGUGACAACAGUUCAAAAACCAGAGACAAGCCCUACCACUGCUUAGACUGUGGUAAGAGUUUUACCCGAGUCUAUCAUUUAAAGAGACACAAGCAAACACAUAACAAAGAAAAAUGUCAUCACUGCUCUGAUUGUGGUAAAAGUUUCACUCGACCGGAACAUUUGAAAAAACACCAGCGAAGCCAUAUGACUGACAAAUCAUACCAUUGCACUAACUGUGAUGAGUGUUUCUCUAAAGCAGCACAACUAAGAAGUCACAUGAAAGUGCAUGCCGGGGAAAAGCCUCAUCUCUGCACCGACUGUGGGAAACUAUUCCAGUCCUUACACGCAUUUGAAAGACACCAGCAGAAACAUGCUGGAAAGAUGCUUCACCAAUGCUCAGACUGUGGUAAAGUUUUUACCAGAGCCUAUCACUUGAGAAGACACCAGUAUACACAUAAAGAGAAGUCUAAUCACUGCUCCGAUUGUGGUAAGAGCUUCACUCGAUUGGAACAUCUAAAAAGACACCAGCGGAAACACAAAGAGAAGACACGUUACCACUGCUCUAUGUGUGAGGAGAAGUUCUCUACACAGGCAAUGUUAAAUAGUCACCUGCAGGUACAUGUUGGAGAGCUACCUCACCAUUGCUCUGACUGUGGAAAGGCGUUCUCAGACAAAAGACAAUUUGAGAUCCACCAGAAUAGACAUCAGCGAAAAACUGUAAAAGAGAGGUCUUACCUUUGCAGUGACUGUGGAAUGACUUUCAGCAAGCCAAGCGCAUUUAAGGUGCACCAGAGAUCUCACACAGGAGAAAAACCAUACAGCUGCUCAGAGUGCGGGAAGAGUUUUGCUCAGUCCACCACACUCCGGAUCCACCUCCAGUGGCACGCUGGGGAGAGGGCCAGCUACUCCUGCCCUGUCUGUGGGAAGACUUUCUCUCGCUCUAACAGCGUGAGGAGACACCAGAUGGUUCACACAGGAGAGAGACCUCAUGAGUGCCCCUGCUGUGGAAAACGCUGCUUUCGACGGAGUGCUCUGAUCAUACAUAUGAGGAUUCACACUGGAGAGAAACCAUACAUUUGUUCUGAGUGUGGGAAGAGAUUCUCCCAAGAUGGCGACCGGAAACGACACCAGAUAAGACACCACCCUGACCUCUGACCUGAAGAGAACAGCAGGCACAGGCAGGUUUCAGUAGAGGCACACCGAUCCCAAAUCCACCCUCAGCCACUACCUUCUGAGCUCUUACCCCCUAGCCCCUAUACCAGGGGGUGGCAAACUCAUUCCUGGAGGGUCUAGUGGUUUUUAUUAUUUCCUUUCCAUUUGUGUCCAAUUAACACCUAGACAACCAGGUGAGGGGAGUUCCUAAUCAAGUACAAGGGAGGAGCGACAACCGGCAGACACUCGACCCACCAGAUAUUGAGUUGACAUCCCUGCCCUAUACCCUCCAUCCCCUAGCUCAUACACCUAGCUCCUAACCUCUAGCUCCUACUCCCUAGCUCCUACCCCCUUGCUAGCCCCUGCCCUCUAGUGAAAAUCUGGUUUAAAGAACAGCUGAAAUGUGAACCAUUUUAUGUCAGGUUGUUUGUUUUGUUUGCUUUUCCAUUUCCUCCUUUAAUUAUACAUUGCUAUUUGAGAUCUGCUGUACUGUGUUCAGAGAACAGUCCUGUAGUUCCCUUUCUGUUAGACUCACACUUGCUGCUUUCCAAAUAACAUUUGACAAAUGUUUGAGCCACAGGGUAAUACAUGUUUGUAGACCACUGUUAUUAGUUUGUGUUUUUACAGUCACUUUGAUUCAAGUUUAACAACCAGUAAUACAUUCAUCAGUCCUUGUUUAUGUCAUUGUAAACCAGAAGGUGAUAGUUGGGGUGUGCUGAGUUAGCAGAGACUAGGGUUACACACAGUCUCUCCAAUGUAUGUAUUUAUAUUGUAUGUUUGUGUGUAUUAUUAUGUGUGUGUGUAAUCUGUAUUGUUUAUUCAGUCAGCUCCAGUCUCCCAGCAUAGACCAGAGACAGACAUUUCCCUCUGAGGCCGUUAUUCAAUUUCUCUGUCUCUCUCUGUCUGUGUGUGUGUGGAAUUUUUUCACUUGGAUCUCAAAGUGCUUUAUGUUCAUUCCUUAUUUUAUAAUUCACAAUUUUCUUCAUAAUUCAAUAUUUCUAUCCAUUUUGUACAGUUUGCAUGGUGCAUUAAACUGACCCAUAACAAAGGAUUAACAGUUAAGGCUACUACAGUCAUUUAUCUCAGUAGGCUACAUUAUGGAGAAGGCUGUGAUUGCUGCCUGCAAUUCAGAGCGUUCCUGCUUGUGGCCAUUCCUGUAUCUGCAGGUACUCGUCUUUAUACUUCUAUUGGUCCAUGUUUAAAUUAGGACUCCGGUACACAUAUGGGAGGCGGGGGCUACACAGCUAACUUAGUAGGCGGCGGCAAUACAGUUUAUAGGAUGUAGUCCGCCAUAAAAAUACCAAAAAAAGGACGACACUGCUAGCUAGCUAAAACACCGGUAGAAAGUGUCCUUCGCCCCUGUCUACUGAGCACUGCCUUCCUGCAGUUCUGUUAAUGUUACGUUUGGGGCUUCUGUGUCUGUUUUGUUCAUUACAUCACCUCCUCACAGCUUUAAAAAAUAGAGGGGUUAGGUGGCUGUUAUAUCUGUUACAUCUGGCAUCCAACGCAUCAACAGAUUACACGUUAAUUUUAAGAUAAAACGUUGCACAUUAAUUAUACUACAAUGAUGGCAUAGCCUAAACGAAAAACUCUGAUAAUACUUGUAAUUCCAUUUGACCCACAUUUUAAUCGCAUAGACAAAUAAGGGAAAUGGAGAAUAUCAAAAGUGUCACUUAAACACAAGCAGGAACCAAUGGGACGCUCAAGGGGGGGCGAUCAAUGUAUGAAUGUCCACAUACUGGAAUACACAGAAUUGCGGACCGCAAUCACACACUACUGAUGGAUUCGAUUAUCUGUCCCGGGUUACCCCGGAGGUUGCACCUGGUGAAAAGUGAUAGCAUUCUUUUUGGAACCGGGCUGCCACCGGGGUGGUGCCCCGUUCAAAGCUCACUGCGCAGUUGGCUCAAAACAAAACUGACGUAGCCUGAGCUAGAUUAAUAAGGACAUGGAGUAAGGAGUUGGAUUCUGUUUUCACAUACAAAGGAGAUUGCUUUUGAUACAAACGCUUUAUCUGCCUUCCCAAUGAAAACUAGUUUGACAAUUCGAACAUAUAUUUUAUGGAAAAAAUAUGUUGUAUGUUUCUAGACGAUGCAACAGUCUGCCUUGUAGACAACAUGACCGAGCGCUGCAGAUCACUGAUCCAUUUGAGAAUGGCGCUCCCCGGCACCGCUUUUGCCCAUUGACCUGUGCACUGCGGCUCAGGUUAUUAUAACAUAAACCACGUGAUAAGCGUACGAUGACGUCACACGGUUGACGUUUGCAUACUUCCGUAGCUAACAAGCACGUUUGCGAAGACUAUAGUUUACUUUGUAAUUUCGUUAAUCAUAUUUCUUGUUGAGUUAACUGACUACCGAUAUUUUUUUCUUUCACUUUCCGAAUAUAAAAUUGACUGGUUGCAGUAAAGAGUUGUCGGUUAUAUCACGAGUCCAGGACAACACAGCAGCAUCGGGACUCUUAGCUUUCCUUCACUGUGGGCCAAAUCUAGCCAAAUCAUCAAAAGCGUUUAAUGGAUACAGUAAACAACGCUUCUACAUAUACAAUGUUUGAGGACAGUUUACAUAUAGACAGACAACUGCGUCAGAGAACGUUGGAGAAAGUGAAGAAAAUGGCCCCAAUCUCUGAUAAUUAUGAUUAUGAUGGUGAUGAUUGUGAUGGUUGUGACAACAGUUCUAAAACCAGAGACAAGCCCUACCACUGCUUUGUGGUAAGAGUUUUACUUGUGUCAAUAAUUUAAAAAGACACAAGAAAACAUAAAGAAAAAUCUCACCAAUGCUCUGAUUGUGGUAAAAGCUUCACCCGACCAGAACAUUUGAAAAAACACUAGCGAAGCCAUAUGACUGACAAAUCAUAGCAUUGCACUAACUGUGAUGAGUGUUUCUCUAAAGCAGCACAACUAAGUCAUAUGAAAGUGCGGAAACACUUAGUGGUUUUUAUUAUUACCUUUCCAUUUGUGUCCAAUUAACACCUAGACAACCAGGUGAGGGGAGUUCCUAAUCAAGCAAAGGGAGUAGCGAAAACCCGCAGAUACUCGGGUGUCCAGACAUUGAGUUUGACUCAAUGGCUACAUUUGACUCAUCGCAUACUGCUGCUACUGUUUAUUAUCUAUCCUGUUGCCUAGUCAUUUUAUUCCUACCUGUAUGUACAUAUCUACCUUAAUGAUCUCAAACCUGCACAUCGACUCGGUACUGGUACCCCCGUGUGUGUGUAUAUCAUUUGUAUUUUUAAUUUUCAAAAUUUUUCUUCUGUCUAUUUUUCUCUGCAUUGUUGGGAAGGUUCCAUAAGUAAGCAUUUCCCUGUUAGUCUACACCUGUUGUUUACGACAAUGCACCCCUGCUCUAUACCCUCUACCCCCUUGCUCCUACCCCCUAGCACCUAAUCCCUAACUCCUAUCCCCUAUCCUGUAGUGAAAAUCUGAGAGUUUAACAAUGGGUGAACAAUUGUCAGGUUGUUUGUUUUUCCAUUUCCUUCUUUAAUUAUACAUUGCUAUUUGAGAUGUGCUGUACUGUGUUCAGAGAACAGUCCUGUAGUUUUCCCUUUCUGUUAGACUCACACUUGCUGCUUUAAGUAACAUAUGACAAAUGUUUGAGCCACAGGGUAAUACAUGUUUGUGGACCACUGUGUUAUUAGUUUGUGUUUCACAGUCACUUUGAUUCAAGUUUAACAACCAGUAAUACAUUCAUCAGUCCUUGUUUAUGUCAUUGUAAACCAGAAGGUGAUAGUUGGGGUGUGCUGAGUUAGCAGAGACUAGGAUUACACACAGUCCUAUGUUUAUGUAUUCACAGUACAUUCAGAAAAUAUUCAGCCCACUUCACUUUUUCCAAAUUUUGUUACAGCCUUAUUCUAAAAUGGAUUAAAUUGUUUUUCCCACCUUAUCAAUCUACACACAAUACUCCAUAAUGACAAAACAAAAACAGUUUAGAAAUUUUUGCAAAUGUAUUAAAUAUAAAAAUCUGAAAUAUCAUAUUUACAUAAGUAUUCAGAUCUUUUAUUCAGUACUUUGUUGAAGCACCUUUGGCAGCAAUUACAGCCUCAAGUGUUCUUAGGUAUGACAAUACAAGCUUGGCACACCUGUAUUUGGGGAAUUUCUCCCAUUCUUCUCUGCAGAUCCUCUCAAGCUCUGUCAGGUUGGAUGGGGAGCCAGGAUCAAGGGAAAGAUGAAUGGCGCAAAGUACAGAGAUCCUUGAUGAAAACCUGCUCCAGAGUGCUCAGGACCUCAGACUGGGGCAAAGGUUCACCUUCCAGGACAAUGACCCUGAGCACACAGCCAAGACAAUGCAAGAGUGGCUUCGGGACAAGUCUCUGAAUGUCCUUGAGUGGCACAGCCAGAGAAUGGACUUGAACCCGAUCGAACAUCUCUGAUCUGUGCCUCGAUACAAUCCUGUCUCGGAGCUCUACGGGCAAUUCCUUCAACCUCAUGGCUUGGUUUUUGCUCUGACAUGCGCUGUCAACUGUGGGACAUUAUAUAGACAGGUGUGUGCCUUUCCAAAUCAUGUCCAAUCAAUUGCAUUUACCACAGGUGGACUCCAAUCAAGUUGAAGAAACGUAUCAAGGAUGAUCAAUGGAACAGGAUGCACCUGAGUUCAAUUUAGAGUCUAAUUGCAAAGGGACUGAAUACUAAUGUAAAUAAGGAAUUUGUGUUUUCUUAAAAAGUUCUUAAAAACUGUUUUCACUUCAUCAUUAUGGGGUUUUGUGUGUAGAUUGAUGAGGAUUUUUCUUUUAUUGACUCCAUUGUAGAAUAAGGCUGUAAUGUAACAACAUGUGGAAAAAGUGAAUACUUUCCUGAAUGCACUGUAUAUUGUAUGUUUGUGUGUGUGGUAGAAGGUCAAUGUAGAGAAACCUCAGUAAUCCGACUGAAACUGUAUUGUGAACUGUGCUUAAUAAACAGUCAAUAGUA